UAGUGGGAGUAAAAUGGCGGAGAUGAAAAAGCGUUAACAAGCAAACAGACUCCGAUGAAUUGAGCUUUGGGUCCCUGCUCAGAAACUAUUUAAGCGUAUUUAAUUAGCCAUUUAUCUUUCAACCAUCAAACAAAUUGGCAUCCUUUUGUUUUAAUAGUUGUAAUACAAAAGAAAUUAAUGGCUAAUAAGCUGGCAUGUCAGACAAUGCCGUAAAUCAAAACUUUCUGAUAAACCUCUCUAAGGAAAUGACUCUGGCGUGAAUACGUUAACAUAGCUAAAGAUUACUCAAUCGUCUCAACCGUUGCCUCCUCGAUGCAUGCGAGUAUGGCCAGGAAUUACCUGGCGCUGUUCUCUGUGGUUGUAUUCGGCGUUUCUUCAUGUACGAGCAUCGAUCCUACACCUAGCCUCAGCGCAUAUGUUUACUACACCUCCCUCGCGGAUAACACUUUGGAUGUCGAUCCCUCAGCUACACUCUACACCAUUGCGGCAUCUCCAAGCUUUAUGGUGACUUCGUUUACAGGAUGUGGCGGCAAUCUCACCAACUCCACUGGUCAGCUGACGCACCCAAACUACCCACGUGACAUGCCCAAUAUCGGCACGUGCACCUGGCGAAUCACGCUCGCACCAGGCUCCAGGGUGGCUCUCCGCUUCAGCUUCUUAAACCUCGAGCUGAGUGACGCAUGCGCAAAGGACUCUCUAGAGGUCUUGGACGCGCGGUCUAGUGUACAGACCAGGCUAAAGGAGUACUGUGGGAGCCUGGAGCGACCAGAGAGUCUGGUGACUAGCGGUAAAGAGGUGGAAGUACGCAUGCGCUCCAACUCGACACAGUCGGGCCGAGGCUUUCUCAUCACGUACUCGGAGUUUGAAGGGUGUAAUAAAACGUUGACUAGCAGCAGCGGAGUCAUCGAGUCCCCGUAUUACCCCGACAGCUAUCCGCUAAACGUGAACUGCACAUACCGCAUCCAGGUGACCGCUGGACAAUUGGUAUCACUGGCCAUAGAAUUCCUGGAUCUAGCGUACUCGUCCGCGUGUAGUGAUGAUGCGCUCGAAGUCUGGGACGGGCCAGUCGGGAGCUCGGCGCUGAUUGGUCGAUACUGUGGUUACAUGAUUGGUCAGUGGGUGCAGUCUAAUGGAAAUGAGCUGACUGUGCAGUUCUGGUCUGACCUGACGGAAACGAGGCGUGGUUUCAAAGUUCUCUACCGCGCGGUACAAUCAGCGUGCAAUUCUACUAUAACCAACCAAGAGGGCAGCCUCAUAUCCCCCAUGGGAAACUCGAAAUGUACGUGGACCAUUCAAGCACCCGCUGGUCACGUGAUAUCGAUCUUGUUUGACCGGUUUUACCUGGAACAGACGGAAAACUGUUCACGUGACCACCUCGUGAUCAAAGAAGGCGGCUCGGUGAUUGGUCGUUACUGUGGUUACCAGAAAGGGGAGCUGAUCUACUCCAAAACCGAUGAAGUGCGCUUGGAGUAUGAAUCAACAUCGGGACUCACGAACGCUGGUCUCCAGAUACACUACACGUCGCUGCUGUUUGAGUGCAGAGGGUAUCUGAACAGCAGUCGCGGCUCUAUCAAGUCUCCCCUUUACCCAGACAACUACCCCAACAACGUGUACUGCGCAUGGCAAAUAGAGCAGCGGCCUGGUUACGCAGUCGACCUCUUAUUCCUAACUGUCGAUCUGGAGUUUGCGAUAAACUGCUCACGCGACUACGUUGAAGUGUUCGACGGACCUGAUAAUAGUUCCCAGUCCCUUGGAAAGUUCUGCUCGGACAAGGAUGUCAAGCGUCGCGUGGUCACAUCCGGGAAUGUCAUGUUUGUGGAGUUUGUGACGAAUGGCAGAGUGGCUAGGGAAGGGUUUGAUAUUAGCUAUACUUUACAUAAAACAGAUUGUCCCUGCAAUUUCACUAACGCGUCGGGAAUCGUCGAGUCUCCGAAUUAUCCCGACUUCUACCCGAAGGGUUACGACUGCUCUUGGCUGAUUUCGUACGAGCUCGGCUACCAGAUCUACGUAACGUUCACGUACUUCGAGUUGGAUUACAGCGCACACUGCUCCGGUGAUAACCUGGAAUUCUUGGACGGCUUUGGCAAGUACUUGGACGUCACGUGGCAAGUACUGCGGCUACCUGGUCACCAGGGAACAGGUGGUCUCUACCGGACACCAGAUGGUGGUCAGGUUCCACUCGGACGAGGCGGGCGGCAACGCCAGAGGAUUCGUGCUUUCCUACACAGUGGACGGUACAGGUCCUCCCCCGCCCCCGCGAACUCCUACAAGUGAUGAGCUAGCCCAGACUGUGCAAGUCACGUUUGAAAAUCUUCGACCAGACAAGAACGCUUUACUCGACGCCGUCAAUCAAUCAACAAGCUUCAUCUCAUCAGCAUUCGGCUUCUCCAUUAUCAAAGUGACAAAAUACUCUAUCCCAACACCCACAAGUCACGUGACAACUCCACCCUUGUCGUCCGCGGAGCGUGAAAAAUCAUACUUAACCAUGGCGCUAGCUAUCGGCGGUGGCGUGUUGGUAUUGAUUCUGGCUGUAGUGUUGCGGUUUUGUUAUUGGCGAAAGAAGAAUGGUAAGGUGCAGCCAGUAUCUCAUACCAAUCAAGAAGACAAGCAUGGCGUCGAGAUGCUCGCGACAAACGUGACACCGCCAUUGGAACAGCAUGUCACGCCUUCUAUGUAACGCAACUCUAUAGAAAAAAUAUAUAUCACGCCCUGUUUGAAAAACAGCCCUUUUUAGCUGUUUAGUAAUCCACACCACCCUAUUCACCAUCUUCCAUAAGUUACUCCUUACUCAAUUACUAUUUUUAUCUUUUGUUAGUUAAUCAUCAAUGAGCUUUGUACAUAUACUAGCUGCAAUAUGCUACUGUAACUCAUUUUUAACCUGACGAAGGUAGGUAUUGGCCUGCCGAAAUAUUGUUCUAAAAACAUAAAUCUGCGUUGUUGUCGACUUUUUCUUUUAAAGGUUCUAUUUUUAAGUCCGAGAGACAUUACUUUCUAGAUACGUUACACUCAUAUAAAGUCAACGGAAUUCUGCAAUUUUGUGAAUCAACACAAAUAACAGCAUCGUACCAAAAACUACACGUAACCAGCCCGACUAAGUAGCGUGACAUUCCCAUGAGGCAUGUGAUGUCACGUAACGCAAAUAUGAGUUGCCCGCAGCCAGCAUAAACUAAGGUUCACUUGUUAAUAAAAACACAAGAAAGAGUA